AUGGCUGUGUAUGUGGAUCAUCGAACAGAAGCUCCCGAUUCAGUUGCCUCCCCUUCUCAUAUAGCAUGGCACCCACUUCAUCCACUCCUGGCAGUUGCUUCUAUCAGCACAGCAUCUGGUGGAUGUGUGGAUAUCUAUCUGGAACAGGGAGAACAUGUGUCCGAUGCACAUGUUGAGAGAAGCUUUCAGGUCACAUCGCUUUCCUGGCACCCUUCCAGACUUAUUCUUGCAGCAGGCUGGGAGACAGGAGAAGUUGUGAUACUUAACAAAGAAGACAAGGAGCACCAUGCUGUACCACCAAAUCAUAACGCCAGAAUUACAGUCCUAAACUGGAGUACAAAUGGUACCCGCCUUGUGUCUGGUGAUAGGCAUGGUGUCUUGGUUCUAUGGAGAAUGGACCAGCGAGGCCGAGUGCAGGGUCCUGCCCUGCUGAAACAAGAGUAUGGAAAAUGUCUGUCUCACUGUGUCUUUCGACCACCCCCUCCUGGCGAGGACUUUGUACAACUGGCAAAAGCAGCUGUGGGUGGUGAUGAGAAGGCCUUGGAUAUGUUUAACUGGAGAAAAGGUGGAACAGGAGUACCUCUGAAAAUGGGACUCCAGGAAGGACUGUCCUUCUUUAUCACUUUGACAGAUG